AUGUACCAUGAGUUCUUCCAGAACUGUUGCCGUGAGUUCAAGGAUGUUAUCUACAUCUCUGGUAACCAUGAACACUAUCAUGGCGAUAUUGCUAAGACCCAUGAACGGCUGACAAGUAAGUUAGACUACCUGUCCAAUUUGCAUAUCCUCGAAAAGGAGUAUGUUACAAUUAAGGAUCUGACAUUCAUUUCCAGUACUCUUUGGACUGAUAUGAACAAAGAGGAUCCUGAGACUUUGUAUGCCGUCAAGGGAUACAUGAAUGAUUACCGAAUCAUCAUGGACUCUUCUGAGCCUGUUCACUAUCGUGACCAAAUUGGUAACUUCCAUACUCGUGAUAACCACUUCUCUCCUCAACGUUCAGUGAGAGAGCAUAAAGAGAUGCUAAAGGUAAUUGAUGAUGUUACAAAGCAUAUGGGUUCGGAAAAGUUUGUAGUGGUUGGACAUCAUGCGCCUUCAAAGAUGUCUACUAAGCCUAGGUAUGCAGGUAACUUCAUGGUAAACGGAGCUUACUCUUCUGACUUGUCGCAGUUUAUCUAA